UGUUCCUUUUUCCCACUGAUCAACUCAAACAACAACUUGAUAGAACUCAAGCUGAGGAAAUUGCUACAAAAAGAAAGCGAAAGAAAAGGAAAGAUUUUUCCAAAUGGGUUUUCUCAGUUUUACGCUUCACUUGAUCGAUUUCCUGGCUUGGCCGGUUCUUGCUCUGGGCUAUCCUAUAUGUGCUUCAAUCCGAGCGAUUGAGACUGGCUCCGAGUAUCACAUGAGGAAGAUAGUCACAUAUUGGACUAUCUUUUCCUUUAUUUCCCUGUUCGAGCACGUAUUUGAGAAACUUAUUGAAUGGGUUCCUCUGUGGCCUUAUAUAAAAUUAAUUGCCAUAUGUUGGUUGGUAAUACCUGAGUUUAACAGCGCAUGUUAUUUUUAUCAACAUCUUGUUCAUCCAUGUUUGCCAUUGAAACUGCACGAUGUUAUUGCUCAGUUUUAUGGUUCUUGUUAUGUUUACCAAUGCUUUGCAUAUUUGUGCUCGUUUGUCAACCUUCAAACUUUCACUGACUGGUUUAACAAGCCAAUGGAGGAUCCAUCUCUCAAGACUGAAACAUUUCUGGAUGUGGGAGAGAGGUAUCUUGAAGAAAAUGGAUCUGAUCCGCUGGUGAAACUUAUUGCAAACAAGACAGCACGUGAAGGGAGUGGUCCUGUUUGGGAAGAUAUCAAAGUGAGGGAGCACAUGGCAAAACAUGAAGCAGCUGAGCCCAAACAGGUUGAAGGUGUGAAGGAAAAUCAAAUUCAUAUUGAGAAGGAAACGGUAGGAAUGCAGGUCGAGGGAAUGGUAGUUCCAGCAGAUACCGAAGAGUGUAAACUUCCAGAGAUUACUUGUACAGUAUGCCAACUGACAACCACCUCAGAGCAUAACUUGAAGUCCCGUCGUAAAAGAAGGAGACGUAAGGUAACGUGUGAAGAGCUGAAAAUUGAAGGAAGCUCACCUGUUACAACAAAGUCAAAUCAGCUUAAUCAGGCGCAAGUAAAAGAUGCAGCUGCACCACAAUCAGAGCAAAAUACUAAUGAAGCAGCUGACCCCAAACAGGUUAAAAGUGUGGAGGAAAAUCUAGUUCAGGUUGGGAAGAAAACAACAGGUGUGCCGAUCAAGGAAACAACGCUUCUAGCAGAUAAUACCAAAGAGAUUACACUCCGCGAGACCAAUUCUUUAAAUAACGUUCAGAAAGAGUGGACUUGUGCAUUAUGUCAAGUGACAACCAACUCAGAGCAUGACUUGAAGUGCCAUCUUCUAGGAAGGAAUCAUAGGGAAAAGUGUGAAGAGCUGAAAACUUGCAAGAAAAAGGCCAAAGCUGAAAGAAAUCUUAAGCAGGAGCAAGUAGAACAUGCACUUGCACCACAAAUAACGCGCAGUAGUACUAAUGAAAAGCCAAAAGAAAAGGUCCAACUAGGAGCUACUGGACAAUAUGAAAAGCAGAAACAAGUGAAGAAUGCUGUUGGUGUUACUCAUAGUUCUAAGCUGUUGUGUCGUUUUUGUAACGUCAAGUGCCUUAGCGAGAUUGAUCUGGCUGCCCAUCUUAAAGGGAGGAAGCACUUAGCAAAACUUCAAGAAACAAUGGUUUAAUUUAGGGUUGAAGCAUGCAACUUUGUUCUAUUAUUAGUACUAAAAGUUAAUAGCUUAAUCACUGGGAAGAAAAUAGAGGAACAGUUUAUGUCAGAAGGUGAGAUAUCAUUUCUAUGUAUAAUCACUUGGUGUGAGCUAUUAGAGCUUCUAAUUCUAACUAGUAGGGGUGUACAUGGACCGUGUUGGUUCGGUUUUGAUAAAAAUCGGACCAAACCGACUAUAUCGGUUUGGAUUG